UACUACUGUACGUAAGUUUGCAUGAUUUAUAGAUCGAUAAUUAGCUAGCAAGCCGACCAGUUAUUCAGUUAAAAAAAUUGUGCAUACCUUGCCGAUAGUAUUCUGUGCAACCUAGCUGGAUCAUUCUUAUAGCGAAAAAGCGAUAACGAUUAGAAGGGGCUCACGUGUUGAGAUGUCACAGGAAAGCCAGCAUGGCAAGUGGACAAUGUCCAGCAGCGAUGACGAGGAAGACGCACCUCCUGUCGUGUCAAAGCCCACAGAGCAGUUGAGUGCACGUGAGCCUGCUGAUACAGAAGGGGGCUCAAAAAAUACACACGCUUUUUUUCGCACGAGCCAGAAAUCGGACCCGAUACCCAACACAAACAUUAAAGUUGAAUCGCGCUCUUCGUCGAUAUCUUCCAAAGCCAUUGGUUCUGAGGCCAGGCAAGCGGCCCAUAGCAAUCAGCAGAAUCCUGUGAAGUUCGAAACCAAAGUUCCAUCUCCUGCUGUCAAAAGGAAGAAGGAAACGGAGGAGUCUGGUUGGGCUCUUUCCAGCAGUGAUGACGAAAGUCCCGACUCUGUUUCUGGAAGCCAGAUGAAAAGGCGAAGCCCAAGUCCCAAGAGGAAGAAGGUGGAAGACAAGCAACCACCGAGUCCACAUGGUACCUCUUACUACAAGGAAGAGGCUGAAGAAUUCUUUGAAACCAGCCUGCCUCCGUCGGAAAGCACGUUUAGAUUUUAUCUCACGAAAGUGACCGGUAUAGAAAAGAAGUACAACACUGGGGCUUUGCACAUUAAAGAAAUUCUCUCUCCCCUCUUUGGAACUCUGAAAGAAUCUGUGCAGUUUAACUACUGCUUUGAUAUCCCCUGGAUGGUACAGCAAUACCCACCAGAGUUCAGGGACAAGCCGGUGAUGAUUGUUCACGGGGAAAAACGUGAAUCCAAGGCCAGGUUAAUCCAGCAAGCUCAGCCUUAUGGACACAUCCGUUUUUGCCAGGCCAAAUUGGAUAUAGCUUUUGGGACUCAUCACACGAAAAUGAUGCUGCUUUGGUAUGAGGAGGGAUUCCGCGUUGUGAUUCUCACAUCUAACCUCAUCCGUGCAGACUGGUAUCAGAAGACACAGGGGCUGUGGCUGAGCCCACUGUAUCCCAGGCUACCAGAGGGCAGCCCUGGCUCAGCCGGGGAGUCUCCCACCAACUUCAAACGCGACCUCAUCGAAUACCUCGAGGCCUACCGCGCCCCCGAGCUCGCCGAGUGGAUCGAGCGCAUCAAAGAGCACGACCUGUCUGAAACCAGAGUGUAUCUGAUUGGUUCUGCCCCUGGGCGAUACCAAGGCACUGACAUGGAAAGAUGGGGACACCUGAGACUGAGGAAGCUUUUGCGUGAGAACACGAGGCCUAUCCUUGGAGAGGAAUCCUGGCCUAUCAUAGGCCAGUUCUCCAGCAUUGGCUCCAUGGGCAUCGAUAAGACAAAAUGGCUGGCCAUGGAGUUCCAGCAGACCUUGGCGACUCUUGGGUCAGCCAAGAAAUCUUCCGCCGGCUCAGAGACCACAAUGCACCUGGUCUAUCCCACAGUGGACAAUGUGAGGACCAGUCUGGAAGGAUACCCAGCUGGGGGAUCUCUCCCCUACAGCAUACAGACAGCCCAGAGGCAGUUGUGGCUCCACUCCUACUUCCACCGCUGGUCAUCGGAGAGUUCAGGCAGGAGCCACGCCAUGCCCCACAUCAAAACCUACAUGAGGACAUCGCCCGACUUCACAGAGCUGGCCUGGUUCCUCGUCACGAGUGCCAAUCUGUCAAAAGCCGCUUGGGGUGCCUUGGAGAAGAACAACACUCAGAUCAUGGUGCGCUCGUAUGAGCUCGGCGUGCUCUACCUGCCUUCAGCGUUUAACAUGACCAAGUUCACCAUUCAGAAGAACCCAUUUCCUGUCACCGGCUCUUCUUCCUCCUUUCCUGUGCCCUUGGAUCUCCCACCCCAGCGCUACAGCAGCAAAGAUCAACCUUGGAUCUGGAAUAUUCCAUACACUCAAGCUCCAGACACUCAUGGGAAUGUGUGGGUGCCUUCAUGAACUGCUAUGGCCACCUCCACAUCACAAGGCUGGAGGUAUACAUGAAGAAGAGGAUGAUGGGAAGGGUUGUAGAUCACAGCCCUACUUAUGUCUCCUUUAGUUUGUGUCAGACCAACUUUGGUAUUGACUGUGACAUUUUGUCCUGACUUCUGGUGCUCAUGUAUAGAUGUAGCUAAACUUUUCUAUGACUGUAGCUUUUACUAAUUUAGAGCAUCCUUUAAUUAGUGGCAUGUUUACAAAGAUAAGUACUUAACCUAAAAUACAUAAAUCUUUGUAAUCAGCAUCCAAGCCUCUACUGUAGUUGGUUCUCCCCUACUUACAUGUCUGUGAUGGUUUCAUGUGUUGAUGUGAUUGCCAUUUUAUAUCUACAGAAUAUUAGUAGAAUACUAAAAAUAAAGAUAGUUUGGUUCAUAUAUAA